GGCAAAGACUUGGUGAUGCUCCUCUCUCCAGGGUAAACCACCAAGCAAUAUGUCUUGGUGAACGUGUAUAUGUAUUUGGAGGCUUUAACUCGCAAAUGUUCGAUGUGGACUAUAAUGAACGUCAAAUAGAUAUAUAUUUAUGGGAUAUUCGUAAGAUGAUAACAUUCUAUUCAGUUUUUAGGUUUUAAUAGAUGGGAACAACUCCCCUACCCUCUUUUGCUCAAAUCCUGGGAUUGUGUACAUAGUUCUUGGGGAUCGGACCCAAUUUUUGAGGUGAUAUAAUAUGGCUUGGAAACAAAGUCACUGUAGGUUUAUUGUGGUCUUUUUUCGAUUUUACCAUAAACAGCACUGAAAAUUAAGCAAGACGAAACGAAGGAUUUUUUAAAUCUCUGGUUCUAUGUAACUUGUCAUCACCACUUAUCUUUUCAUUUUCACUGUGUUAUGUCCAAAUCGUACCUGAUUUCUUUUGGAAUGAAAACACUUUUAUGUGCAUAUAACGUAUAUAAAGCACCUCUGUAAUAUGAAAGCGUGUCAGCUAGUACUCAGAAAGCCUGGUCGAAACUUUCCGAACUUUGACACAUGACUGCGAUUAGAUACCCAUUUAUCCCUCACAUGAAAUGUAGAACGCUAAGUUUUAAAACAUUGGCAUAAAACCACUUUAGCUCUAUCCCUUCACCUUAAUGUUACGUCCCCUUGCAAAGGGAUUUUGUGAGUGUAUAAAUUUAAAAUAGGUAACAAGUCAACUGGUUACAUCGUGUUCCUCACAUUCAAUCAUCACUUACCUAGACCUGUUAUACCGACUGCCGUAGGAGAUAGUUGGAUAGGUUUUAUGACAGUUUAACUACGGUAGGAUAUUCAUAUUCAUUUUUUAUUCUCCUUAAAAUCUUGACCGUCUUAUUACUUCCUAUUCAUUUUUUAUGCGUACUCAUGGUGUUCUUGUUUUUAGUAUUCCUCCACUUCCGCUCACUUUCGUAUGAUGAACUUCCACUACACACACCGGAGCUGUGGCUCAGUGGUUUACAGAAAUUGCUAUCAAGUAAUGAGUCUCUGGUUCGAAUCCCGCCCCACCUACCAAAGUUUGGGCAUCCAUGUAGUAUCACUAGCCCUCGCACAGUAUGUCUGACUCAUUGCCUACAUCACAGACCGAUUCAAUUAUCUGUUGUGUUCUUCGUUGUUCUGUUUGCUUGGGGAUGCAGCAGUGCUGUAGAUUAUAAAAUAUGCACAUGUAAGAUGAUUUGUGGUGUCAAACAAGUACUGACCACAGUGUAAAUGUCACAUUUGGUGGAAAAGUAUGUGCAUGUUCAGAACCGUAAAGUAUUUAUUAACGGUUUAACUUCUUUCCUUAAGCACUCUAAUUUGUGGGUUUGAAUUAGCUGCUUAAAUAAUUAACUGAUGUGUUUUAAAGGUAGCAUUCAGCCGACUGAAACGUAAGAUAGUUGGUACGGAGUUUUCCUUGAACGUUUACUCGAUUUCAAACCUAUAUCACCAGUAUGCCAUGAUUUUAGUAGUAAACAGUAAUUGUAUAGAAUAAACAGUUUUCCGUGAAAAUUCACUUGUUUCUAUGCACUGAAUGAUUUCUCUCUCGUUUUCUCUUAAGAGCACUGGUUCUAUCCAACCCAGCCUUCGGUUCGGUCAUACUGUUGUUGCUUGGCGUGGUCGAGGGUGGCUGUUUGGUGGAAGAAUGCAACAGCAAGUGUGUUCUAAUCAGUUGUACAUGUUCGAUCCUGGUUCAAAGUUUUCGCAUAAAUUUGUUGGCUUGUCUGCAUUAUCAAGUGGUCAGAAAUGCAGUCACACAGCCAAAAAGUUUAAUCCUCCAUGCUGGGCUGAAGUUAGAGGGGCGGUCGGCAGUAUACCCAGCGCUAGAGAUGGUCAUUCGGCUACUGUUUUAGAAAAUGCAAUGUUUAUAUUUGGGGGAUUUGAGGAUGUGUUUGAUAACUAUGACAAUGCGGUCUAUCGGUUGGAUUUCAUUACUUGGAAUUGGACUCGUAUAGAAAUCCGAGAGGAGGUAGUAACAUUUCCAUCUCAAUCCAUUCCUUCUGCUCACUUUGGUCCUAACUCGCAUCAAGGUAUUAGUCGUAACGGUGAAGAUAGGAUUUCACUAAAUCAAACAUCUUCCUCCUCACAAAUCCCUUUGCCUCGUGACUUCGCCUGUCUUGCCAGUCACCAGGGCCGCAUAUUUCUGUUCGGUGGACGAAGCAAAUCUCCUAAUCACGCCUCUUGUGAUGUUUACGAUUCAGCUAUGUGGGAACUUAUUCCUCUUGUUCAUGCUUCUGAUUACUCAUCGUCUGAUUCUGCUGAUUUGUCAUCAGGAGACAGGUUAACUCCAGCAACAUGCACUGUUUGUAAUGCAGAAAUGAUUGACUACUUGGGGGCUACUCCUCGCAGUUUAUUUCGCAUUUUAUGGGAAGAAGAAACUGGGAAUUGGUCCGGGUCUGAAUUCUGGGCAACUUCUCCGCCUCGACCUUGUUGUCUAUGGAAAUUUCUGAAUUGUAGAACACGAAAAAAUCAGCGUGUACACCACAGUUGCAACAAGCUACCUUCACAAUAUCAUUCUCGUUGGUCAAGUGGGAUUGCAGUUUGGGUUAUUCGUCAUCCAGGUUAUGGUUUACAAGUACCAGAAGUUCUCCUCUCACAAAUAAUCAACAAAGUCAACGGACCAUCAGGACAUGAUUCAAAGUCAUCAGGAUUUGUCCAAUCGUCGUCAAAGCUAAGCUCACCUUAUGGUCGUCGAAGUCUUUCACACUGUCAUAAUCGGACUCAGAAUGAAGUACUUGGUUUACGUAGGAAUACCUCCGUAUUGAAAUCGUUUGUCUCAAUCUUAUGUAUUCAAUCGAACUUUGAUUAUAAUGAUAAUCUGAAGCCUAAUUAUACGACAAAUACAUCAUGGGGAAGCACAGCAACAAACUUCUAUCUUAUUCUUAUCAUCCCACCGCAUUUGUGUAAUUCUUAUCUUUUCAAUUCAUCGAAUUUGUGGUUAAUUCAUGAUUUUAUAGUGUUAUCUAAUUUGUUUAUUGUUAAUUAUGCUGAAUUAUCCGCCUUAUUCAAUGAUAAUCCCACUGGUGGUGGUACAUCUAACCUAUCAGAUGACAAUGAUCAUCACUCCUCAUUUAUUAAAUAUCUUCAGUCAACUCUUUAUCGUCCUUCUACUGUUCCUAAAGAUGGUAAUUUCAGGAGCUCUACCACCACCGGCGGCGGCAGCAGCAAUACCAAUAGUAGUAAUAGUAAUGACAGUAGUGUUCUUGGUGGUAAUAAUAUGUCAUUUAAUGAAAUGAUUCACUUUUUUUGGUUAGCUUGGCUAAGUCUACGGAAUAGUUGUUCUGCACGUUGGACAACAACUGCUGAAAAUUCAACGUCACAAUUUCAUAUACUGUUUGUUGGCAAUUGUCCAACAUCAUUGGAUUGUAUUUCAUUCGACACAAACGCAAGUCGAAACUAUGAACCCAUAAUAUUGAAAGAAUACUUAUUCCAUCAAGAUAUGCAUGGCGUAAUCUUGCACAAGCAUGUUUGCACUUCCAAUAGAAAUUCUGAUAUCCGUAUUUCAUCACAAUUGAUCAUUACUUGUCUGAAAUCUGUUGUUUAUAUAUUAUUUGAAGCAGUAGAACGUACACUGCAACUGUCUUACUCUAACUGUACAUUAUCUGAUUAUUUAUCAUUGCCCAACAAUACUACUUAUAAUGAUAGGGAUAAUUGUAAUAAUAGUUUACUGGCUUAUAAAACAUUUUUCACGUACUCUGAUAUAGAUAUGGAGGAUAUAGAAAGUUAUGCUACUCAUGUAUAUAUUGAUACGGUUCAAUUGAAUUCAGUGGUUACACAUUCAAAGAUUGAUAAAAACACAGACGGUGAAAUGUUAAGCGGUAGUUUGUCAUCGUCAAUGUAUCCCUCCUCCUCGUCCUCGUCGUCUUCUUCCACAAAAUAUCUCCAGAAGCCAGUUGUUUCGUCGCACAUAAUUAAUAAUAAAAGUAACUUGCAAGGUAACUUGCAACAAACUGUAGCAUCUAUGUUAUCUGAGUAUUUAAGUUUCAUCCAAACUUCAUUUCAUCUGGUAACGGAAGAGAAUAAUUUAUUGUGUCAACAAUAUGCUAUAUCUCAUCCAUUAUUCAUAGAUCCUGUUCAUUUGUUUAGUAAUACUGUCGCCACUAGCAGUAAUACACUUCCAGUAUGUCAGCCAACACAGUUGAUGCUAAGAUCAUCUUUAACGCAUUUCAAUUCAGCCGGUAUGAUUCAUCCAAUUGGUUAUACUUCAAGUAGAACUUUACACUCAUCGUCAUCCUCCUCGUCGUCGUCAUCAUCACCAUCAUCCAACAGUACUGUACGCGUGACAGGACCUGUACAAUAUUUUUUCAGUGAAAGACUUGCUUUAGAAAUACUAAACAAUGAUAAUAUUUUCAAUUUCACAGAAACUGAUAUAUAUACUGGUGAAGGUAUGUUUACAUUAAACCGUCCUCCACAUGCAACAGCUGAUGAAGAUGAAGUUAACGAGAAUGGUGAAGAUGACGCUGAUGAUGAUAUUCUUGGUGAUGCAGGUGAUGAAUAUGACAAUGGUGAAGAUUCAACUGACUCUAAAGAUUCAGAAUAUUCAGACAUUCAUUGCAUACCUAAUAUCGGUGUGCUUUCAAGAGGUACAGAAAAACUUAUAGAAUUAUCCGAUUGUUACAUUUUCAAUUUUGACACGAGUCUUUAUGAACUAUGCCUACGUAGUUCCUCUGAUUUAGCACAAGAACCAUUUGCAGCACAAAUUUUACCAUCUACUAUCAUGAAUGAUUUAAAGCGUCUUUAUUCACCUCAUGUCAGUUCAAUACGUAGGUCAAAAUUUGGAUGAUGAUGAUAUAAAUAUGCGUAGAAUUCUUCUUUAUUGGUUAAUCUCUGUAGUCUCAAAUUUGAGUUGUAUAAUAAUUUUCAACUGAUGAAUUUAACAGUCAUAGUAUGUACAUGAAUACUUUUAUGUGUUUCACAUUGGUUAAUUUAUGAUUUAAACUUUCAAUCAUAAUCUUUUUCAUUUGCUCA